AUGGACGCCGCACCCGCCAAACGCAGGAAAAUUGCUCACCCUGACGGCAAUGCCUCGAUCGCCCUCGAGGCCGCCCAGGCGGCAGCGACAGGCGUCUCCCGGGCGCGCGCCUUCGUGCUCGAGACCGAAGAGAUGCUCGACUCGGUCGACCUGGACUACUCCGAGGCCUUCGAUGGCGCCGACGCCCUGCUUCACCGGCUGAAAGGCUCCAUUGAGACGAUUCCCGCCCACGAUGCCCAGCCGCUGCUCGAUGCGGCUGCGAAGCUCGAAAAGAAGCACAAGCUCAAGGUUCCCUUCCCCAGCCCGCCGCCGCCGCAGAACUCGAAUUACAAGGUUUCGUUCGCCACGCCGGCGCAGUUUAAUGUCGUGGGCAGUUACGUGGCCAAGACGAUGGUUCGCACGCAGAGCGCGCAUGGAAUUGAUAUGAUCGUGGUGCUGCCCGAGAGUAUCCUGCAGGAGAAGGAUUAUCUGGACUUGAGGUACUUCUACAAGAGAGCGUAUUACCUUGCUGUGGUGGCUGCUCAUCUGCAGAAGGAUCUGAAGGGGGAGGCUACGUUGAGCUAUGAGUAUCAUAAUGGCAACUCGUUGUUGCCGGUGCUCUCGGUCAAGCCCAAUGGCGAGAAGGACGAGGAUGAGAAGAAGAAGAAGAAGGGCGUGCUCGACUACAGGAUACGCAUCAUCCCUUGCGCCCCCGAGUCCUUCUUCCCGCGCCAGAAACUGCACCUGGGAGCUGGGCUGGUUCGUAAGCACAAGGAGGGGGAGCAACAGGCCAACGGGCAGCCUGCGACACCUGCUACCCCUUUCUACAACUCUACUCUGGUCGCCGAGUCUAGCUACCUCCAAUACCUCAAGCUGCUGCGCCAAACGGAAAAGAAGUGCGCUGCCUUCCGGAACGCCUGCAUCCUUGGCCGCAUCUGGCUUCAGCAGCGCGGGUUCGGGAGUGAUGUGUCCAAGGGCGGCUUCGGAUACUUUGAAUGGGCUGUCCUUUUGGCUCUUUUGCUCCAAGGAGGGCCGGCCGAUACCAAGGGGGCCGCCCCGCUCUCGCCGUCACUCAGCAGUACUCAGCUGUUCAAGGCGCUCAUACAGUUCUUGUCAGUCACCAACUUUGCCGAGAAGCCGUGCGUGCUGGGCCAAGCGAAGCCAGAUCUGGCGGGCUUCAUUGAGAACGGACCGAUCCUCUGGGACUCAGCCCGCCAGCUGAACAUCGCCUUCAAGAUGGGGCCCUGGUCGGCCGACCUGCUGCAUCAGCACGCCCGGUGGACGCGCAAGCUGCUCGCUGACGGCGCUGUGGACCAGUUCCAGCCGACCUUCAUCCUCAAGGCCGACCUGCCGACACAUACCUAUGAUCUGGUGGCUCGCAUGGACCCCGAGAAGGUAUCCGAAGCAGCGCCGGACAAGGUCGCCCACGAAGCGCGCGGCCGGCACUGGCAGGUCGGCCACAAGGUCUAUCGCAUCCUGCGCCGUGCGCUGUCUGACAAGAACAUGGAAGGCGGCGAGCGCGCCCGCCUGAUCCACCUUAAGGUGUCGCCGGGCUUCUCGUCCUCGUCCUGGUCUUUGAACGAGAAGCCCCAGCCGCAAAAGGCGGGCACCCCCAUCGAGAUCGGCGUGCUCUUCGAUCCGCUCAACAUGGCACGCACAGUGGACCGCGGUCCGUCGGCAGGCCCUAGCGCGGAGGAGAAGGAGACGUGCGAAAAGUUCCGCCGCUUCUGGGGCGAAAAGUCGGAGCUGCGGCGUUUUGGUGGUGAUACCAUCCGCGAGACGUUGGUGUGGUCGGCGCAGACGCCGUUCGAUCUCUGCGAAGAGAUCAUGCGCUACAUUUUGGGGCUACACCUGCGGGUCGGCCAGCUGCAGGACGAUAUCGUGUUCUAUGGUCGUUCCCUUCCCGCGCUGCUCUCCAUCAAGCCGUCCGACACGGCGCUGUUCAACGUCGCCCGCAAGACCUUCACCUCCUUCGAGCGCGACCUCCGCGACCUGGAGGACCUCCCCCUUCGCAUCCGCCACGUCAACCCCAUUUGCCCCGAGCUGCGCCAUUCCUCCCUCAAAACCCCCUCCUUCGGCCCCUCUAAGUCAGGCCCUCGCCCCAUGGAGGUAGUCAUCUCCUUCGAAGCCUCCGGCAAAUGGCCCGAAAGCCUGAUCGCGAUCCAGCGCACCAAGAUCGCCUUCCUGCUCAUGAUCGGCCGCCUCUUGGAGCGCUUCAAGCCCGGUGAGAUCCGCACCCACGUCGGCCUGGACGACGCCCGCUACGAAACGGAGAACCUGGCCUUCCUCGACGUGAUCUACGCCUCAGGCGCCUGCUUCCGCGUCCGCAUCCAGGCUGAUCUCGAAGAGUCCCUGCUUGAGAGGCAGACCAAGGACAAGACGACUGAGCAGUAUCUUCGCCAGCGGGCGUCUACCCAGUUGGCCUCCUUCAGGAGGACGUUUGUGCAUCUACCCCUCCACACGCAAUACAUCACCACCGCGACAACCCGCUUCCCCGCUCUGUCCCCAACCAUCCGCUUGGUAAAACACUGGUUCAGCGUGCACAAACUCUCCAACCACUUCCCGCCCGAACUCCUCGAGCUCUUUGUGCUCCACACCUUCUUGGCCCCUUACCCAUGGGAUGUGCCCUCCUCCCCCACAACCGGCUUCCUCCGCACUCUCUUAUUCCUCGCCCGCUGGGACUGGCGCACCGACCCUCUUAUUAUCGAUACCUCGCUCAACGGGGAAUUACCCGCGCAAGAACGGCAGGCUAUCGCCACAAGGCUGGAUGCGUGGCGCAAGCUGGACCCCGGCAUGCAGCACACCGUGCUCUUCGUCGCUACGGCACACGAACAAUCCGGUACGAUGUGGACUUCUGUCGACGGACACCCCCGCCCGUCGAAGGUGGUUGCGGCGAGGAUGACCGCGCUGGCGAAAUCUGCUGCGCGGGUUAUUCGUGAGCAGGGCGUUGAUCUGGACGUGAGGAGGCUGUUUGUGCCGAGUUUGAAGGAGUACGACGUGCUGCUGUAUCUCAACACCAAGGUCCUGAAGUCGGCGCUGCGGACGUACAUCACCGUCGAUCCCGCGACGGAAAUGAACGGGGGGAAAGGGCAGGAAAUCAAGUUCAAGAACCUUGCCCCCGAGACGGUGGAGCCCCCGUUACCGGUGGCACAGCACCCAGUGGAUGUGUUGCUCAAGCAGCUGAGCGCAGUCUAUGACUCCGCCGCCGGGGCAUCGGGCACAGGGCCGUUGGUUUUCUUCCGCAGUGAUACGACUGCCACAGAGGAAGGGGAUAAGGUCAUUGGCGCGGUGUGGAACCCGACGCUGGUUAAGCGUAAAUGGCGUGUUAACCUUCCGACAUCAUACAAGCCGGUGGCUGGGGGGAAGGAUGAGAGCGAGGAUGAGGAUGAGGAUGAGGAUGAGGAUGGGAGUGAGAGGGAGAAGGAGAGGGAGGGAGAGGGGAGAGUGGAGGUUGAGGUGAAUCGGGAGGGGAUCUUGGCUGAGGUGGCGAGGAUUGCGGGAGAAGUUGUGGAGAGGAUUGAGGUGAAGGGGUUGUAG